UUUUGACCACUGAAAUUCCGCGGAAGAAGAAGAAGGAAGCUGAACUCCGUCACAGCACUUGGUUUAUUUUUGCUCCAGUGUUGUGUGCUUAGCUACAUCAAAUAGCCAUUCCGUCUCUUGUCUCGUUUCGUCAAAUUCCACCCACGGUUUUUUGUUAUUGGGGGGGUGGGGGGUGGGGAUUGUCUUAACGGAGUAGAGGUAAAGGUGUAUUCGAGAUACAAUCAUUGCACAAUUCGUUGUUGAACCGAGCCACUAUCUGUUGAAACAAGGGGCCUGCACAGGCACCCCGUCGGCGAGAACAGCCACAAUGAGCUCGGAGCAGCAGAGCGACAGCGUGGACCCGGACGAGUCGCAGGACACCACGUCCAGCAGCCGGGUGUCGGACAAGGAACAGGACCCGCAGACCGACGAUUCCGCCGAUGAAGACAAGACACCGGCGCGUCCUCCGCAGAGCAGCCGAGAGGAGAGUAGUCUUCACCCGAGAAGCUCCAGGGCGGAUUCGGCAGCCGCGCAGGACAAUCCCCGGUGUCCGCCGAAUGUACCAGGCGCCUCGGGGCAAGGGAGGGGUACCUCUAUGGCUGGCCCUGGUUCGGUCGAGACGAGCUCCAACAGCCUGUUCUCCAUGCUACAGAGCAGGACUAUAAGGAGAGGGCUGUUCGUGGACCCAUCCAGAGAUAACUUUAGGACAAUGACGAACUUGUAUUCUUCCAUGAGUCCGGCUGCAGACUCGGUCAAUCUCAGUACCCAAACUCAUGGCGCAGUGUUCAAUUUGGAAUACUCCCCCGACGGGUCUGUCCUGACAGUGGCCUGUGAACAGACGGAGGUUCUCCUGUUCGAUCCCAUCUCUUCCAAGCACAUCAAGACCCUGGUGGAGGCUCAUGAAGACUGUGUCAAUAACAUCAGGUUUCUGGACAACCGUUUGUUUGCCACGUGUUCUGAUGACACCACCAUAGCUCUGUGGGACCUGAGGAAGCUCAACUCUAAAGUGUGCUCUCUGCACGGUCACGCCAGCUGGGUCAAGAACAUAGAGUACGACACCAACACACGACUCCUCGUCACCUCUGGCUUUGACGGAAACGUCAUCACCUGGGACACCAACAGGUUUACAGAGGAUGGGGUUUACAGAGUGAUGGCUGCCCCCCAAGAAGUUCUUCGGUCAGUGACACGCUGUUGUGAGUCUCUGGAGGUGGGCAGCGGUGUAUGUCUGCGGGCCACCCCCUCAGAGGUGAGGACCCCCUCCCCCAUCAUCACCUCUCACGGCUCAGGUGGAGACCCCCUCCCCCCAUCAUCACCUCUCACAGCUCAGUCCCCCAUCAUCACCUCUCACAGCUCAGGUGAGACCCCCUUCCCCAUCAUCACCUCUCACAGCUCAGGUGAGACCCCCUUCCCCCAUCAUCACGGUGUCUCACAGCUCAGAUGGCUCAGUCUGCGUCGAGGUCAAGUGGAGCUCCUCGACAGGGUAAGUGACUCCAGCAAGAUCCACCCUCACAGAGAAGGUCUUUCCCCCAGGAAUAGUUUGGAGGUGUUGACUCCAGAGAUCCCAGGAGAGAGGGACAGGGGGAACUGCAUCACCUCUCUCCAGCUUCACCCUAAAGGCUGGGCUGCCCUCAUACGCUGCUCCUCCAACAUGGAUGACCAGGAGUGGACAUGUGUGUAUGAGUUCCAGGAUGGCUCCCCCACACGUCCCCCCGUCUCCCCGCGCUGCUCUCUACGUCUGACCCACUACAUCGAGGAGGCUAACGUGGGGAGGGGCUACAUCAAGGAGUUGUGCUUCAGUCCCGACGGGCGGCUCAUCUGCUCCCCCUACGGGUACGGAGUACGACUGCUGUCCUUCGACGAGAACUGUAUGGAACUGUCUGACUGCCUUCCCGUCCUGACCAGCUGUCUCCGAGAGGUGCGGUCCAUCUACUCCCACAGUGAUGUGGUCCUCACCACCAAGUUCUCCCCAACCCACUGCCAGCUGGCGUCAGGCUGUCUCAGUGGCCGCGUCGCCUUAUACCAGCCCAGGUUCUAACAGCGGGGCUGUCCCAUAUGGCCCCCCCUAUUCCCUAUGGGCUCUGGUCAAAAGUAGUGCACUAUUUUAGGGAAUAGGGUGCCAUUUUUUGGGGGGGACACUCUGGUAAUCAAGUAGACCUUUAUUCAUUAGGCGCCAAACGGAAGAAACCGGAAACGAAGGGACUACCUUGAACUUGGUUUUGCUAGCGUUAUACCCCGACGCAAUGGGCACCAACCUUUUCGGAGUCAAGAACACUUUGGCAAAAGCCGAGCUCAACCGCCACAAUGUUUAUUUUAAAAAAUGUAACAUUGACCUAAUAAAAAGUUCAAUUUUCACAGCA